UAGGGCAGGCAUUGGUGGUAGGAAGGUUGUACUGGUGAAGGGGGAUUUCUUUUCUAUAACUAAAAACAACUACAAAUAUGUUUGUAUUCAUGGUGUUUUAAUAAAGACAUUAUAGAAAAGAAAAGUCUUGCUACACUAAGCAGUUGAUAAGUGGCCUGUGAGAUGACAGGCACAUCAAAACUAGUGUGAGACCCAGGUCAUUGAAGUAGUAGUGAAUGAACCUGAAGAUGAUGAUGUUCUUCUAUGUGUUCAGAGGAGUCAAAAAAGAUGCAGAAAGUCAAACUCUCCAUCUCAUGCUGUUCACUCUUUGUAAUUUUGCUUUCCUAUUUUUCAAGUGGCACCUAUUGAUGGGACAGCUAUACCUAGCCUGUUCCUGGAAGAAGCUCUGUGAUGUGUGGAUUCAGAGUAUGCCAAGUAGACUCUUUAUAAAAAGAACCAUUAGACAUGGGGACUAGGAUGGAAGAGCCGGCAGCAGUGGAAGGUGAGAGCCACCACUCAAGCCCCCAGCAGGGCUCUUUGAGGAAGGCUGUGGCUGCAGCCCUGACCCUGGACGGGGAUUCCACAGUGAGUCGCAGGAAAAAGAAAAGGAAAGAAUCGCGCCCAGAAUCUAUUAUCAUCUACAGAUCAGACAAUGAAUUAGAUGAAGAGCCAGAGGAAUCUGAAGGUGGAGACCAACGUAAAGGGGAGGAAGGUGAUGAUUUCCUAGAUUAUCCUGUUGAUGAUGAUAUGUGGAACAUACCGUUGGACAGCCGCUAUGUGACCUUAACCGGAACCAUCACACGAGGCAAAAAGAAGGGUCAAAUAGUGGAUAUCCAUGUCACAUUGACAGAGAAGGAGCUGCAGGAACUAACGAAGCCAAAAGAAUCAUCACAGGAGACUCCUCCUGAGGGCCAAAAGGCCUGCCAACUGGCAGCAGACCGUGGUCCCCAUGUGGUCCUGUGGACACUGGUCUGCCUUCCUGUUGUAUUCAUCCUGUCCUUCAUCGUCUCUUUCUAUUAUGGUACAAUCACCUGGUACAAUAUCUUCCUUGUGUACAAUGAGGAGAGGACCUUUUGGCACAAGAUUUCAUAUUGUCCCUGCCUCAUUCUCUUCUAUCCAGUGCUCAUCAUGGCCAUGGCUUCUUCCUUGGGCCUCUAUGCUGCAGUGGUUCAGCUCUCAUGGUCCUGGGGAGCCUGGUGGCAAAAAGCCCGGGACAUGGAGAAAGGCUUCUGUGGCUGGCUCUGUAGCAAGCUGGGUCUGGAGGACUGCUCUCCUUACAGCAUUGUAGAGCUCCUGGAAUCUGAUACCAUUUCAGGCAAUCUCUCCAACAAAGACCCAACCCAGGAUGUAGAAACUUCCACUGUCUAAACUGCUUCCAAGUUAUUACUUUCUUUUCUUGUUUAUUAGCCAAACAAUUUCAGAAGACUCCAAAAAUCUUCCUCUUCCUUCCAUAGCUCCAAACAUCCUCAAAGUUCUAGAAACUUCUAGCACAUAGUGAUCUAUCUUACUGCCAUCUUGCUUUUAGGAAGUCAGUAAACGAAAAGCAAGUUAUCCAAGGCAUUAACAUCCGAAGGAAAAAUUCUUCAUUUCCUGUCCUAAAAUGAUUAUUUAUUUGGGACAGGGAGAUCAGCCAAGUGUUAGUCCAGGAACCUGACUAACUUCUUUAGAAAGUUCGUCUAAAGAAGAAUAUGACUAAAUAUGACAGAAUAAGGAGGCUCUGUGGAAACCAUGUCAACAAAUAUGAAAACACAUAACAUGGAAUAUAAGAUUUGGGAAGCAGGGUUACCAAAUGUGAUGUUCCUGUAUAGCACUUAGAUUUUUAUUUAGCUACAGAAAAAUAUCAGUGAUUUGUUUAGGAAAGAAAGAUGUCUAUUGAAAUGUGUGUAGAUAGAAUUGCAAGGGAAAUCAUGUAGCCAUAGGGGUCUCGGGCUCCUUUUUUCCC